AAAACAAUUACUCCGUACGAUUGGUAGAUAAAACGGUUAGAGCUCGAUGGUUCAUUUGUAAAAGUGUUUCGUUUUUGGUUUUUCCUUUUUUUAUCUAAAGCAUAGCAAAUUCGAAAUGACAAAACUAUUUUCUUUGUGUUUCAUUCUAAGUUUUCCAUUCGCUUAUGGAAUAUCCGGAUCAAGCAUUUUUCAACAAACCGAAAAUGUUGUGUCGACGGUUUUAGAUAUUUUUGAAAGUAAUUUUACGUUGAUUUAUAACGAUAACGAUGAAGGCUAUCCAAAUGGGAGAGAAUUAAUUGAUCAAAGUAAUGAUCAGCUCUGUAUGCAGCAAUUCAACUCAAUAUUGACUGGAUUGAACAGUUCCGAAUUGUGGGCCAUCAAAAUCAUUGAUGCCUGGGGUAAAAUUCCGUCUGGAAUUUUAUACGGAAACGCAUAUGAAUUGGGUCAGUUCGAUGAAUGCCUAACUAUUGAGAAACCUGCUGAUAAUCAGGACACUAAUGCUCUCAAAGGACAAUAUUGUUUAACUCAAUUAAAUAUUGAAAGCGAUGCUGGAACAUCAAAAAUAUUCGAUAGAAUAAACGACAAUAGACAGUUAAAAAAAGACAAUAAAUUUAAAGGAACUGGUGCUAGACUAAUGCCGACGCAGCGAGCUGGAUCGCUGGGCCUGAAUCUCGGCAUUUGUGUUCCGGAUUCAUGCUCACCAGAAACAUUGACACAGAUUGUGAACUAUGCAUUGAAUGUUUCAAACGUAAGUGCAAUGGCAUUGGUGUCAACCGAUUUUUGUCACACAAAUGUUAAAGCUGAUUUGAGUCCGCUAGAUGUUUUUACUAUAUCCUUUUUCGGAAUUAUUGCUCUACUCAUGGUAGCCAGUACAAUUUAUGAUGUUCUGAUGACCCGGAAUAAAAAAAAUAAGCAAAUUGGUCUAACGGCUUUCUCCGUGUACUCAAACGCUCAGAAAAUAUUCCAUUGCAAAAGAAGCAGCUCCCAAGACGCCAUAGACUGCUUGAAUGGUAUUAGGGUGCUGUCUAUUGUUUGGGUAAUGUUCGGUCACGCUCACAUGAUAUUCGCUUUGGGACCAUUAAUAAAUCCUGCCUACAUCCUGGAGUGGAUGAAACAAUUGUACAGUAUGCUAUUGAUAUCGGCAACGGUUUCAGUGGAUAGUUUCUUCUUGUUGAGUGGUCUUUUAGUCGCAUGGUCAAGCCUGAGACAUCUGGACAAAAGCAAUGGAAAAUUAAACAUUUUCCUGUUGUACUUCCACCGAUACAUUCGACUUACUCCUCCGCUAGCCGCAUUAGUAUUACUAUCAUCAUCAUUAAUGCGGCAGUUUGGUAGUGGACCGUUGUGGAAAAUUUUCAUAAGUGCUGCUGAUAAACCAUGCCAGAAGUACUGGUGGUCAACACUUUUGUACGUUCAGAAUUAUGUCAAUCCGAACAAUAUGUGUCUUGGUCAUUCCUGGUAUUUAGCAGUGGACACUCAGCUGUUUGUUUUGUCACCGCUUAUCGUGUAUCCGUUAUGGCGAUGGCGUCGGAAAUUCGUUUGGGUUAUUCCAAUUCUAAUUGCAUUGUCAAUGGGAUGUGUUUUCGGCAUUUUCAUGAUAAAUCACUACUCAGCACAAGCUAUGACACACAUGAUGGGCGGUGAUUCAAUGGUUAAAACUUAUUAUCCAACUCACACUCGAAUGGGCGCAUGGUUGGUGGGAGUAUUACUCGGUUAUAUGUUGUACAAAUUGAAAAGGAAGUCGAUCAAAUUACCAAAGAUACUCAUUGCAAUUGGUUGGUCAAUUGCCGUAGGCACAAUACUUUCGAUAAUAUUCGGACCAUAUUAUAUGCAGCAGCCAGAUUACAUAGCAACUGAUUUGGAGAGUGCAUUUUACGAGUCAUUUAGUCGAGUAUGUUGGGCGAUCAGUUUGUCCUGGAUAAUAUUUGCGUGCAUUCAUGGCUAUGGUGGUCCAGUUAAUUGGUUCUUAUCACUACCACAAUGGCAACCAUUGGCUAGACUCUCAUAUUCCAUUUAUCUUGUUCAUCUUCCGAUCCAACUGCUGAUAGCGGCGUCCUCACGAACUCCACUAAAUUUCACCGAAAAUUUGGCGAUCCACAAAUUUUGGGGAGAUUUUGGUCUAACAUUAACAGCUUCCUUAUUUUGGACAUUAGCUUUCGAGUCACCUGUUGUCGUGCUCGAGAAAAUCAUGUUUUCCAAGAAAACAGCGGCCGUUACAGUUUCUAACGAACACUUAGUCAGAAAUAAUUUUAGCAGCACAGAAGGAAUUGUUGGACCAAAUGACGGUCACAACUUACGGUUACCAUCAAACAAAGUGUAGAGUGCAGAAGUUACGCUUAAUAAUACCAAUAAAAAUACCAAAAUUUUACUGAUAUAAUUGAAAUGAAA